UUUUUCCUUUCUCUGAAGACGUUAACGUAAGCCACUCCCUGUCUACGUGGUGACGUCAGUGGGCGUAUCCACACGAAGGACAGAAGGGACUCUACGAUGGGAGACAGUUUUCAUGAGCAGCUGAUAGAGGACAGCGCCUUCCUCAAAACUGACCGGAGACUGGACACCGAGCUGCUGGACAAACUCAUCCUGCAACUCAACAGAAUCUACCCGCAGAUCCUCUCAGACAAGGAGGCCACCAAAUUUCGAAACUUGGACGUGACCACAAGUGUUCGAGUGGGUGAGCUCCUGUCACACCUGCAGGGGAAAGGAGAGGAAGCAUGUCGGGAGUUUUACAGAGCUCUUCACCUGCAUGUAGAGGAAGUGUACUACAGCUUGCCCACACGGCUCCGCCUCAGAGAUUCCUUAGAUCCACUCGCUUAUCCACGUGUCUACCGACAGAGAUAUGUUCAGAACGACAGAGGUCCGCUUUUCUUUCUGGGCUGUUUUAGCGUUGCGGUGGGAAUGGCUCUACUCUAUUACUACAGUGAGGCUAAAGUGACUGGAGGUAGCCGGGCCCUUGGGAUGGCGGCUCUGGGAUUGAAAAGAAAAGCUCAGGAGGUUCUCAUAUGGUACACUGAAGAAAGCCUCAUGAAGUAGGGGGGGGGGACUCCUUCACACCAGGUGCUUCAGUAUUCCUCUUAUACAUACUACAUGUACCAAAGCACAACACAUUAUAUAUUUUUUCUGCAGCUGAGUACUAAUUUUGUACACAGUUGUAUUUAAUAUUUUGCUUGUGAUCUAAAAUGAGAAAGAUGGGGUAAAUUUCGAGCUACAUUUGGCACUUUGCUCAUAUUUUCUCAUACGUUGAUGCCUAUUAAAGGGAUUGAAUACAGUGAAAUCAAAAACAACCUGAUUUGACAAGUUGUUCUCGCUGCAAGCUUCAAAUGUGGCAUACAACAGCUUUUACAAACCAAUUAAACGACAAAAAUAUUGACUGCACUAGUGACAACAUAAGGGAUUUUAAAUAACUAAAUAUUAACAAUUGGAGGUACCUUAUGAUUAUAUACAAUCCAUUUUUUCAGCUCUACAAAAAUGAUAACCUCAAAUGCAUCAGGACAUUUUGCAGCCCAAAAUAAUUACCCUUCAAUGCAGAAAGCAACAACCUGCAGUGUAUUUGCUUCCUUUCACUCUGGUGCUAAGAAUAAUUUAUUAAAUUUACACACUUCCUUUUUUGCUCAGUUACCACUGAUGUCAAGCAUCCUAAAAUACACUUCCAUGUACUCCACAAAUUGAGUUAGAAGCAAAGAUGAGACCGAGCUCUUUGUAGAACAUAACCGCUCUCUUGUGGCCAACAGUGAACUACAUCACCAAACUGCACCAAUGUGUUGACUUGUUUUGGUUCCAUAAGAGCGUCUCGAAAUUCUGCUGCUCACAUUUAGACAAAAAGAGUAAUGUGAACAGACCGAAAUAACAUAGAGCCGAAUCAGUUUAGUAAUCCCAGAGACGGUCCAGAAAGCAUCUUCGACGAUACUUUAGACGGACUUUGCAGUCACGUGAUUGCUUCUACCAAUGAUAUCCCGUUCUACUCACGCAGUGCACUGUGGGUAGAGUUACUACCUAAUCCAAAACAUACUAAUGUCAAUUGAAGACUCGUAAUAAUGAUUCGUUAACACAUAUCAACCUAUAAUACAACAGCUGUGUUUAACAGAUAUUAAUAUUAUCAAUAUAAACCAGAAAUUGAACCGUAAGUGAAACCAAGUUAUAUAUGACGGUGUAUAUAUAGUGACGUGUCUUAUUUCGUGAAUGUGUUGUAUGAAAGGAGAGAAGGUUAGCACUCCCCUUGACAAGGAUGGAAUUGGCCCUAGUGGCCAUCAACACACAUACGGUUAAGGCACUGCCACCUACUUCGUGGCAUCUAUAACCAGAUUUUUUUGGAAUAAUUUUGACUUUAAUUAAACGAUGCCCUACUCCCUUAAACUUCAUAUUCACGGAUCUAAAACCAUGUCUCUUGUUUUCGCCAUGUAGUCAAAGACCGGAAGCAUGCCUGCAUAUUUUCCCGUGCCAUAGUUUCCGCUGGGUCGAGCAGGAUGGGAACUUUCAGCCAUUUAUUGGGCCAUUUUUGCCUGUGGCAUUAAUCCCACUGCUGCAGACACGGACGAUUACUUUAACGUGUACGCAUGGUCUGCUGUCUAUCGCACAGUUUGUGAAAAUGUAAGUAAAAGUAGGCUACAUUAUGUUUAUGAAUUCCAGCCAGCUCUUGAUAGUGUGGAUAUUAUUUUGUUCCUUCUGUGCCUUACUGUCGAGUAAGAUAGUUUCUGCUAAGCCUUUUUUAAAUACUAAGACUAGCAGUACUUCAAUUUACCCCAGUCCGGCAGAUUUUUAUGACUUUUCUCAGGCUAUUUGUAAACAAUCUCUUUAAAAUGUAUGACUAGAGAAGGGUCUGUAAACAUACCAGUAGCUGGCAUGAUGGCGAUUUGUUAAACUGUAUUACUUUGUGUUUUUUUUUGUGGUGGUUAAAGUUCAGGAUCUCAGAAGCCAAUACCCAAAACACCGAAAAACAUGUAUUAAAUGCGCAUGGCUUUGUUUUUAUUCUUGAACUCAAAAUGUUUUUAAUAUUACUCUAAAAGAAAUCUUGAUAAUUGAUUUCUGAUGUUUGUCAAUUAAUGUGUACUAUUUAAGUUCAUUGCCUGACAGUUUGUAACAUACUGUGUUGUGUAAAAAUGCCUUAAAUAUGAAAGUGCCAUCAUUUGUAGGACUUUUUGUACAAAGAUCUUUGUCUUUGUACACAAAAAAAAGAAAAAAAAAGCAUGAUGAGAAUAAA